GACGGUGUGAGAGCGAGGCCACUGGUGGAGCUCGAAGCUCUUUCCUACAGUAGGGAGGUACUCCGAUCUGUCUGCUCUCAACCUUCUCCGUAGACGGAUGAUCAGAUCGAAAAGGGCCGCCAGAAUCUCCGAAUACAUUCGAUAACAACAUAAACCGCGUAUACAGUAACCCUAGGAUUUCCAUCCAUUCGACGCAGCUCCAUGGUGACCCGAUACUGAUUCUUAAAGAGGAGGGCAUUCACUGGUUCAGCCAGAGAGGACUCUUGCUGCAAAAGCAGGGCUGAAAGAUGUGCAAUGGAAUGGUAGCGUGUGAGACAAGAGCCUCGCUCGCUCACAGUGUAGCCGCCACAUCCCUGCUGCUCCUCCUCCUUGGCAUGCUCCCCACAGGCCAAGCUUCAGGUUGUCCCAGACCCUCAGUUGUGCCUCAUGGCCGUGGGAACCUGACGGAAACAAACCGUGGCUCCUUCCCCGUUGGCACACAGCUUCAGUACAGCUGUGAUCCAGGAUACACGCUGGAUGGCUACAGCAUCAUCACAUGUACGGUCUCAGGCCACUGGUCCUAUGACCCACCUCGCUGCAACAAAAAUGAUGUUUGCCAACCACCGAGUGAGCCAGAGAACGGAGGAUAUAACUGCCACCCCCCGCCGUGCCACAGACUGACCCAGGGUACCGUGAUUGAGUACUUCUGUGAUGAGGGUUACAUUCUGAAAGGAGGGUACCAGUUCCGAACCUGUGACAACGGAGAGUGGAAGUCGCCCAUGCAGAUCAGUUGUCACCCUGUGCAAGGGGAGGAGCAGCAAUCCCAGCUGCCCAUGCCAGCUCUGCCUAUCGUGGCCUCCACUGCCAGCUCGGUGACCUUUAUCCUGCUGUUGGUGGUGCUGUUUGUUUUGCUUCAGCCCAAACUCAAGUCCUUCCACCACAGCCGCAGCCGGGAGCAGGUUGUGUCAGGACAGCCUACCUCCAUCAUGGUGGAGGGCGUUCAGGUCUCACUGCCCUCCUACGAAGAGGCAGUUUAUGGCGCAGGCGGCAGUUCUGUGCCCCCUCCUGAGUCCCGGGUUCAGAUCGUGCUGUCGGAGGGCCCUCAGGCCGAGGGUUUGAAUGAACCUCUCGAACAGGCUCAAGCAAGUUACAGUUUUCCCUCCACCUCGACUGCUGUGUCUUCGUGUCACGCAGAGACUGUAUUGGUUCACCAGGUGCCCUCUUCCUCCUCUCCGUCCUCCUCAUCCUCUCCCUCCUGGGCUGCUGAGCAGCCUGGCGCCGCUGCACCUCUCCACCGCAGGCAGAGCAGCGAGAGCAGCGAUCAGCACAGCUUGCUUUCAGUCAACUCUGCCGAAGAUUAUGGUGAUGAUAUUCCAUUGCUAAAGGAAGCCUGAGUCUGUGUGCAGUCACCCCUCUCUCUGUCAUCGCUGGCCAGGACUGUAACCCCUAAAGCUUCUCACCAAACGCUUACCCCAAGCCACCCAACAGAACGCAGCAGUAAAGAAUCUUUCAGCUGUCCCUCUGCCAACAAAUCACCCGCCCCUGGGGUCUACAAGCUGCGUGGCCCCCAUGGAGUCCGGCAGCUCACUUCACAGGAAGAACCUUUGACUGGAUGACCCCUCAAAGGGAUGCGCAAAUGCUCGAGUUUAACACGUCGCACCUUUUCUUGCAGGUGCGCAUUGCAUUCACAGGCUUACCUCGUCACGGCGAGGAUUCGAUAUUUACAAAGGAAUGCAUUCAGAUUACGUUGUGGACCUCUGCUCCGUCAGUGACUGUGACCUCUUUUGAAGGGAGAGUUCAGCAAGGAUUUGCUAAGUCAGGCCCUUUUCCCUUUGAUGCUGCAUGUUCUGUGCAAUUUCUUUUUUCUGUUUCGUUCUACACGCAUACACACAGGAGCACGGCACAAUCGAAGCAUGACACAUAGCACCAUCUCCACACUCAUCCCUUGUGCGAGACGCAGGGUUGAACCAGUUUACAUUGUACUGAAUUCAAAUACAUGCUUGCCUUUUUAUUUGUCAAGAAGUACCUGUGC